UUGUAGAAGAGUGGAGAGAACCGAAUAAAACGGAUGAUAAAUCUUUUGCGUAUAGUGUAUCGGGGAUACAUCUAUCGAUUGGAUUAAAAUAACUUGUUGCCAUACCGACGAUCCCGAUAGAUAAAAACCUCCACCUCCAAGAUUUCUUGAACAUUGUUUGAUCUGUCUCCUGACACGAAGGGUUUCCAGGUGCGACAACUGCCGGUUCUCAUUAGGAUAAGGGCACUGGACUGUUGGGCCCUUAUUUAACUAUGCAAUAGCGGCAGUAAUGUCAGAAAACGCCACCUGCUGGUAAGAUCCGCGACCUAUUUUGCAACAAAAUGGCCAGAAAAGAAAAGCACAUUGUCGGGACUUUGGUUCGGGAACUUCUAGUUGGUAUGGAGAGCGUUAAGAAAUUGAACUAUGAAGAUAUCGUACGUUUUAUGUACCGCCCUACAGAUCCUUCGAGUUUAGGCGUUAUCAGAUUUCUUUUCGGCUUGUUGAUGGCAAUUGAUAUUGCCGAAGAAAGGGGCGGAGCUGACAUCGAUUUGAGAUGGGGCAAUCCCCAGAUCUGCCAUUUUCCGUUAAUCCCGAUACUGAAACCGAUGCCCUUCGCUUAUAUGUCAUUGGUGUACGCGGUAAUGUGGAUAGGUGCUGUAGGAGUAAUGCUGGGGCUUGCGUUUAGAAUCAGUGUUCUACUGUUUGGUAUUAGCUACUGGUAUCUAUUUUUACUGGACAAGUCGUUCUGGAACAACCACAGCUACCUGUUCGGCGUAGUGACCAUUUUACUAAUGGGUUCGUCUGCCAAUCAUUUUUUUUCGUUGGAUGGUGUAUUGAAUCCAAAAAUUAGGAACAGCCACGUACCGUACUGGAAUUAUUUCAUCCUCAAAUACCAGUUCUUUAUGCUAUAUUUCUUAGCGGGAUUAAAGAAAACAGAUAGCGAAUGGUUAGAAGGUUACUCUAUGACCCAUUUGGGGGAACACUGGGUGUUUUCUCCUUUCAGAAUUGUUUUAUCUACAGAAGAGAUAGAUUAUUUGGUGGUGCAUUGGUUUGGGUUUUUAUUGGAUUUGACGAUAGGGUUUUGGAUGCUGCUCGAAUUCAGCCGACCCGUCGCCAUGUUGUUUUGUUCCAUGUUUCAUUUGAUGAACUCUCGGCUUUUCAAUAUAGGUAUGUUUCCGUACGUGUGUUUGGCAACGAUGCCGUUAUUUUGCAACGAAAAUUGGCCGAGGAGAUUUCUACAUAUUUUUUCGGACGCAAAUUCGCAAGUUUUGCCCAGCAAAGCUUGCAUUUACCACAAGAACGAUCCGGCGAGUAAGAAUCGCCAAUUACAAACCAAUCCGACGUACAGGCACAAAACUGUAGUUGGGAUUUUGUUGGUGCAUUGCGUGCUUCAAAUCUUUCUACCGUAUUCACACUUCGUAACAAAAGGCUACAAUAACUGGACGAACGGUUUGUACGGGUAUUCAUGGGACAUGAUGGUUCAUUCUUGGGAUACGGUGCUGGUGACCGUAAGGGUAGUGGACAACGAGUCGCAAAGGGAACACUUCCUCAACUCGCAUGCUUGGACUUUGAACGAUAGAUGGAACAAACAUGCAGACAUGUCCGUUCAAUACGCGCAUUGUGUCCGGGAUAAUUUAUUACGUACUUCAUCGAGAGUUGUACUAUUAAGAUUCUUUGGAAUUACUAAUUUUAUUCCAGGCGAACGUAGGCCGGGCGAAACAUUUUCUACGAAUAUUUCGGUAUACGUCGACGUAUGGUGUUCAUUAAACAAAAGGUUCCAGCAGAGGAUGUACGAUCCGAAUUUCGAUUUGUUGAAAGCGAAUUGGUCGCCUUUCAAACCGGUCGAAUGGCUGAAGCCGGUACUGUCAGAAAACGACUUCCGGAGGAAAAUGAAAGACAUCAGCGAUCAUGUAUACUCCUGGUCCAACCGGACCGAAGUAUUAUUCGUAGCAGAUUUUCCAGGUCUAUAUCUCGAGAACUACGUCAGCGAAGACCUGUACAACGUCUCGAUCACUCUGCUGGAAGGCAAAGUGGUCUUCGAAUUGGAUUACCCGGAAACGGAACAAUCAGUGGGCAUUGAAUUGUCUCCGGGCAUCGGUUACUCUAUUCCCGAAGGCACGUACCACAAAGUGCACACGAUCGGAGCGACUCCAUCGCGAUAUAUGUACACCUUCGUGAAAACUGACAGCUAUCGCGAAGAGGGCGCCAUCGACGUCAAAUCGAUGUACUCGCCUUUCCCUCUGAUCGAAGAUGUCAAAGGUAGAAAGACGGCCUUUUCUCGAAUGAUAAGGCAUAUCGCAGUGUCUCUGUCGCACAUUCUGUUCGGGACGUCUUUGCCAAAUUUCAACAGUACAGCUGGGAAGUAAAUUUGACAGAUGUUCGGCACGCUUUAAAUACAACUUAAACUGGUAAGCUGUGCUUUAAAGUUAAACGUUAAGCUUUCCGGUUAAUAGUAAAAGUGUUGGUCUUUCCGCGGGGUACUUCACAGUCUGACUUAUUAUGGUUUCGCACCUAGCUAAUAACGUCCCAUUUAAAUGUCAUAACCUGAUUUUUAAGUCCUUUAGUGAUUACUACUAGUCGAUGGUCAAGAGAACACCUCAAGUUGACGUCAUAAAAUGAUUCAUUUGAUUUAAAGAAACGCUUAAAUAUUAAUGUCAAUAUAUGCGAACAACAUUUAUUACAAUUUUUUUUUAAUUUAAUUUUCCCGUUGACUUAUUUGUUUAAUAAAGAUGAAAAAUGUUUUGGUUAGUUUUGACGUUUCGAAAAUUCCACACCUAACCAAUCAAAACUUGUUGUUUUGAAAGAUCACCAUGACAACGAAUGAAUUUUAGAGGAAAUUUUUAAUGCAUUGGUAUGGAAAUUUAUCAACAAAAUUAAUAUUGAUCAGUUAAAAACUACUAAAAGCUACUGGUGUGGAAUUUUCUUACCCAAUAUUCGGACUUUUAUUGGCCUCUAGUGGUAUUACUAGUGAAUAAAAUUAGGAAAAGAAUUUCUGUGUUAAAAAUACAUUUUUUAGAUUGAAAUAUAUUAUUAAAAAUUUAAUGUUGUGUUUAAACCUUAUUGAUAUUAAUGAUAAUUCGGAUACAGCAUGCAAUCAAAAAUUCAUUUUGGAUAUGCAGGAACUUUCUUUUGCUCACUCUAUAAUGAUCAUUUUGAAAAUAGUAGGACGCAAUAAAUAUAUAGGAUAUUUUUUUGUGCUACUAAUUAUUUAAUUAUUCAUUUAUAAAAUAAAUAAAUAAAAAUUACUAUUAUUAAAUAAUUAGUCGCACAAAAACAACACACUAAUGCAUUAAAAAAUCACUAUAUACAGUAUCGCUCAAAAUGUUCUCUGCUAAUUUCCUUAUUUGUAUUUUGUCCGAUAACCUAAAAGUACACUUUGACAUCAGUCAUCUGACCAAUGUCACUGGGGCAAUUUCAAAAAAUUCGACCUGAAAGUGAGACUAAUACAGACAGAAUAUCGAAAAAAAUUGGUAUGCGGGCACUGUAUACUUAUUUACAGUUACUUGUCUGUUAUUUGACUGGAAGCCUUUCGAGAAAAAAAUAAUUUCAAAAAUGAAAAAAUUUAAUUUUUAAUUAAUUAAAAAUAAAAGUAAAUGGACGGUAAACUUGUCCUUUGUCCUGAUAUCGCUGUAAUAGGCAACGUUGAAAGUUGAGUGCUGGAGGGUAGUUUCUCAGAGCUUUGGUGUGAAUUUUGCAGCGCUUUGAUAAAUAAGUUUUUGUAAUUUACGGUAGAUCAUGAAAG